GGCGGGAUAGAGCAGGAUGUGUCCAUCGCAAAGACUGCAAAAAUAUUGACCGCGUUUCUUUAAAAUUUGCCGUAAAAUAUUUGCAUUUUAUGCAUUUUUAGUUGUUUAUACACACUAGACAAAAUGACAAGUCGGUCCAAAUUAACGCUUGAUUGGAAGAAACGGGUUAAAUCGGAGUAUCUGAAAAUUAGGGCCAGCAAACGACACAAGCGAGCGGAUGAAGUCAAGUCGGCUUGGAAUCGAAAUCGCCAAAAAUUACUAGAACUUCUUGUCAAGGAAAAUGACACCUGGCUGAGUUCCAACGCCGUCUGGACGCAAAAUGACGCUGAGCUUCCACACGUCGAAUGCAUGAAAAAAGCUGAAGUCAUAAAUCAUGAAGGGGUUCAUCAAACAGUUCCAAUUCGUGUGAUUAGUGCAGUCACUCCCAUACCUACAAUGUACACUUGGGCACCAACCCAGCAAAACUUCAUGGUAGAAGACGAAACGGUUCUGCACAACAUUCCUUAUAUGGGUGACGAAGUGCUGGAUCAGGACGGGUCAUUCAUCGAGGAACUGAUUAAAAAUUAUGACGGCAAAGUACACGGUGAUAAGGAAGGAAGCUUUAUCGACGAUUCGAUUUUUGUUGAAUUGGUCCAUGCGUUGAUGCAGUACACUGGAAGGGAUGUUGAUUCCAACAGCAACGACAGCUCUAAAUCGGUCAAGAGUGCAGCGAAGAACACGUCUGAGGAAACAACCAGAGAUCCACAGGCUUCUGGUUCUCGGGCUAAGUCUAAAGCGGACAAAGAUGAAACUGUUGGUGAGAUCCUGAAAGACGAUACACUGCCGAAGUUUAAGUUGGAACCCUUUGUUGUAGUGAAAAAAGAAGUCAUCGAUGAGAAGCCUUUCCCAUCACCGAUUAUUUUUCAAGCUAUCAGCUCCCAAUUCCCUGACCAUGGUACACCGGAAGAGCUGCGCGAAAAGUACAUUGAACUGACCGAGCGGGUCGAUCCUGAACGGCCUCCAGAAUGUACCCCCAACAUCGAUGGAAAGCGUGCCGAGUCAGUGUCCCGUGAGCAAACGCUUCACUCUUACCAUACUCUCUUCUGUCGCCGUUGUUUCAAAUAUGACUGUUUUUUGCACCGAAACCCACUUGUUGGCGAGCCGCCGAAUCGUCUGCAAGCUUGUCAUCCUGGUCCCAACUUGCAGAAACGCCGAUGGCCGGAACUAAAUCAAUCAACGAAACCAUGCAGUACAUCUUGUUACAUGCUACUGGAGGGAAUGAAAGAGCGCCUGGCUGUUGACAACAAGAACAAAACACCAAUGGACUCCGGCAACGAAGCUAGUUCCGAGGAUAGCAACGAUAGCAGCCGCUACAGCAAAGAGGCACCCUUCGGCAGCAAGGAUGGUACUAACAGUGGUUCCAACGGUCAACGUUCGGGUAACGAUUCCGUCAACAAUUCUGCCAAUCUGCUUACCCUGUUGGGUGUAGCUGAUGAAGAGUGGAACGGUUCGGACAAAUCGUUCUUCCGGACGCUGCAGAAAAUCUAUCUGAACAAUUAUUGCGCUAUUGCGGAGGCGAUGCUAAUGAAGACCUGCCAGCAGGUGUAUACGUUUGCCCAGAAAGAGGCCGCCGAUAUUCCACCGAUCGAGGCCAACAAGGACAAUACUCCGCCACGCAAGAAGAAGAAGAAGCACCGGUUGUGGUCGAUGCAUUGCCGGAAGAUUCAGCUGAAGAAGGAUUCCAGCUCGAACCAUGUGUUCAAUUUUACUCCGUGCGAUCAUCCUGGCCAGUGCGAUGCGAACUGUCCUUGUAUUGGGGCGCAAAAUUUCUGCGAGAAAUUUUGCAACUGCAGCAGCGACUGUCAGAACCGAUUCCCUGGCUGCCGGUGUAAGGCACAGUGCAAUACCAAGCAGUGUCCGUGUUAUUUGGCCGUUCGUGAAUGCGAUCCGGAUCUGUGCCAGACUUGUGGUGCGGAGCAUUACGAGAUAUCUAAGAUCACCUGCAAGAAUGUUAGCGUACAGCGAGCGUUGCAUAAACAUUUGCUAAUGGCACCGUCGGACGUCGCUGGAUGGGGUAUAUUCCUGAAGGAAAGUGCUCAAAAGAACGAGUUCAUUUCGGAGUAUUGUGGGGAGAUUAUCUCGCAGGACGAGGCUGACCGUCGAGGAAAGGUUUAUGACAAAUAUAUGUGCAGCUUUUUGUUCAAUCUAAACAAUGACUUUGUGGUAGAUGCUACGCGCAAGGGAAACAAAAUACGUUUCGCCAAUCAUUCGAUCAAUCCGAACUGCUAUGCUAAAGUGAUGAUGGUCAAUGGCGAUCACCGCAUCGGAAUCUUUGCCAAACGAGCUAUUCAACCGGGGGAGGAACUGUUCUUCGACUACAGAUAUGGGCCAACGGAGCAGCUAAAGUUUGUCGGUAUAGAACGGGAAAUGGAGUUUCUCUAAGCAGUAAAGUAGUUCUUGACAACAUGCAUUUAAUGAUAGGUUCUCAUAAUUUUUUAAGCCUAAAAUCAAAGAAAUAAAGACUUACACCCUUAA